CACCCUGCCACACUCAGCUCCCUGACCCACCUUGAACAUUCACCAUUGCACACUCUCUGGCACACUUCUUUCACCCUCAGCUUCUGCCACCUCUCCCUGGGCGAUAUUGCCAGCCUCUCCCUAAUCCUAGAGCUGCAGUCUUGUUCUGUCGCUCACCCCAAACCUACUAUGUCCCUGGGGCCACUGAAAUUCCAGGCAGUGGGCGAAGAAGAUGAGGAAGAUGAGGAGGAAGAGAGCCUGGAUUCCGUGAAGGCGCUGACGGCUAAGCUGCAGCUGCAAACACGAAGGCCCUCAUAUCUGGAGUGGAAGGCCCAGGUCCAGAGCCAGGCCUGGCGUAGGGCCCAAGCUGGACCUGGGCCGGGAGAACCUGGGGCCAUCUGCGGCUUCGAUUCCAUGGACUCUGCCCUUCAGUGGCUCCGACGGGAACUGCGCGAGAUGCAGGCUCAGGACCGGCAGCUGGCAGGGCAGCUGCUUCGCCUGCGGGCCCAGCUGCAUCGGCUGAAGGUGGACCAAGCCUGUCAUCUGCACCAAGAGCUGCUGGAUGAAGCCGAGCUGGAGCUGGAACUGGAGCUGGGGGCUGGCCUGGCCCUGGCCCCGCCGCUGCGGCACCUGGGCCUCACACGCAUGAACAUCAGCGCCCGACGCUUCACCCUCUGCUGAGGGGAACCUGCAUGCCUACUGAGCCCCCCCCCCUGCUACCCUUUUCCCCUGCCCGCCUGGAAAGGGGGAAGCAAGGUGUGCCCCAGAGGCACCAGCACCUGGCAGGAGUGGGGGUUGAUGGGUAUACUCAGCUCUGGGAGCAUAAAGCCCCAGCAUCCUGUUCCUGCUGCUGCCCCAGCUGUGUGUGUGACGGGGGCUCACAGACCCCCAGGCUCCUCA